AUGCGUCUUCUCGCCAUAUCUGCGGCUCUGCUCGCAGUGGUCGCCGCUAGCGCUCAUAAGACCAAGCGCGAGAUUGGCGAACACCAACUGGAGGCAGCAAAGCGUUGGCAGACUAGCGGCUCUCAAAGUCGGAGCGUAAAGCGCAGUGGUGUUCAGAAUAUUACAUUCACGAACCCAAAGGCCUCAGAGUUUUAUGUCGAUGGCACGUCCCUUCCUCUCGUUGACUUCGACGUCGGUCCUAGCUGGGCAGGUCUUCUACCUAUCAGCAACAGCACUAAUGAGACUCGUCAGCUCUAUUUCUGGUUUUUUCCUCCCGGCCCCGAAGGGAGUCUUGAUGAUCUAAUCUUUUGGACAAAUGGUGGCCCUGGUUGCUCCUCCCUCGAAGGUUUGCUGCAAGAGAAUGGGCCUUUCAGUUGGUCUUGGGGUCAGGCCAAACCAACGGCGAAUCAACAGAGCUGGACCAACCUGUCCUCCGUCCUUUGGGUUGAGCAACCUGUUGGAACGGGAUUUUCCCAGGGCAUCCCAGACGCACAGAACGAGGACGAUGUUGCUGCUCAACUCGUCGGCUUCUUACAGCAAUUCCUUGAGGUCUUUUCGGAGCUCAAAGGCAAAAAGCUGUAUCUAACGGGUGAAAGCUAUGCUGGAACAUACGUGCCUUGUGAGUCAGAAGUCAUUUUCUUUGAACGUGACUUAAAGACCAAUGAAGAUAUCGCCAACUAUAUCUACGAGAAUUCCACUCAAUUGGACCUCUCGUUGCAGGGAAUAUGGAUCAGUGAUCCUUCAAUAUCGUGGGAUGUGGUGCAAGAGGAGAUCCCUGCAGUCGACUUCGUGAACAAAUACGCUGGUCUCUUUUCUUUCAAUCAAACGUACAUGGACUACCUCAACGAGAAGGCCGCGACGUGCAAUUACACUGGCUACAUGGAUAAGUACGUCACAUACCCUCCAACAGGUCUCCUUCCCCUGCCUGGAGACUCUAUCGAGUUUGCCGAGGGCUGCGAUGUCUGGGACGACAUUUUCUAUAAUGCAUUGAUUAUCAACCCUGCUUUCGAUGUCUAUCGCAUCUGGGAUACUUAUCCGAUUCUAUGGGAUGUCUUAGGUUUCCCAGGGUCGUUCCCACAGACGCAGUCUCCGAUCUACUUUAACCGAAUAGAUGUCAAGGAAGCUAUCCACGCGCCCGUUGAGACACAGUGGUCGGAAUGCUCUAAUAUCAAUGUCUUCCCCAACGGAGACAGCAGCUUGCCUCCUGCCUUCACUGUGUUACCGAAUGUUAUAGAGAAGAACCAGCGGACCGUCAUUGUGCACGGCCUCGCCGACUUCAUUCUCAUUGCUGAUGGAACCAGAAUUGCCAUCCAAAACAUGACCUGGAAUGGUUUGCAAGGAUUCCAGACGCCUAUCGCUAACGACAGCUUCAUUGUCGAUGGUGUGGGUGCCUAUGGCACAACACACUCGGAGCGGGGACUCACAUAUUACGAAGUAGCCUUGAGUGGACACAUGAUUCCGCAGUUUGCGCCAGUGGCCGCCUUCCAGAUUAUGCAGUACUUGAUGGGCUUUAGGGACACGCCUUAG